CCCCAAAAUGGCGAAUGUAGCAGCCGCUGCCGCCGCCGCCGCUGCCGCCGCUGCGGCCGCAAACAGAGACCCAGCUGUUGACCGGUCACUCCGGUCAGUGUUUGUGGGGAAUAUCCCGUAUGAAGCGACAGAGGAGCAGCUCAAAGACAUCUUUUCUGAAGUGGGACUUGUUGUCAGUUUCAGGUUGGUAUAUGACAGGGAGACAGGAAAGCCAAAGGGAUAUGGCUUCUGUGAAUACCAAGACCAGGAGACGGCCCUCAGUGCCAUGCGGAACCUGAACGGGAGAGAGUUCAGUGGUCGGGCUCUCCGUGUUGACAACGCAGCCAGUGAGAAAAACAAGGAAGAGCUCAAAAGUUUGGGGACAGGAGCCCCGAUUAUCGAGUCUCCUUAUGGAGAAAGUGUCCAGCCACAGGAAGCCCCAGAGUCCAUCAGCAGAGCUGUGGCCAGUCUGCCACCUGAGCAGAUGUUUGAGCUUAUGAAACAGAUGAAGCUGUGUGUGCAGAACAGUCCUCAGGAGGCGAGGAGCAUGCUGCUGCAGAACCCUCAGCUGGCCUAUGCUCUGCUGCAGGCCCAAGUGGUCAUGCGGAUUGUUGACCCUGAGAUCGCCUUGAAAAUGCUCCACCGUCAAACAGCAGUCCCUCCUCUGAUUCCCAGCGGUCAGGGUGGAGGAGCAGCACCCAUCAACCCACCUACUGCUCCGCCCAGCGUGCCAGUGUCUCAGCCGCAGCCUGUGCCUGGAAUGCAUGUCAAUGGAGCCCCUCAAAUGAUGCAGCCCCCCACCAUGGGUGUUGUUCCUGGACCCAUGCCUGUACAAGGACCAGGACCUGUACAGGGACCGGGACCAGGACCAGGACAAGUACCAGUCGGACCUCCAGGACCAGGAGGUAUCCCCCCCAGAGGCCUGCUGGGAGAUGGUCCCAAUGAUCCCAGAGGAGGAACCCUGCUGUCCGUCACCGGAGAGGUUAUAGACCCCAACCGGGGUUACAUGGGCGCUCCACCACCCCACCAAGCUCCCCCUGUACACAUGCCUCAAAUGGCAAGCGGACCCCCUCCGGAUAUGAGGGGGCCUCCAAUGGACAUGAGAGGCCCACCCAUGGGUGAACCACGAAACAUGAUAGGUGACCCCAGAGGGCCCCCGAUGAUGGAGCCCCGCGGACCCCCGAUGGAAACCAGAGGUCGUGACCCGAGGGCAUUGGACGCUCGUGUUCCAGUGACAGGCCAGAGGGUUCCCAUGGCGACAGGAAUGCCAGGCCCCGUUCCUCAUAGCAUGGGCCCGAACGCUCCCCCACCUGCAAGACCGGGUCCUGGUAUCUCCGGCGUUCCUCCAUCAGGUGGAGGCUUCAGUCCGGGGCAGAGCCAGGUCUCCACACAGGACCAGGAGAAGGCCGCUCUGAUCAUGCAGGUCCUGCAGCUGACCCCCGAACAGAUCGCCAUGUUGCCCCCAGAACAGCGGCAGAGCAUCCUCAUCCUCAAAGAGCAGAUUCAGAAGACUGCAGGAGCAGCGCCGUGACCGUCAGGACUCGCUCCAGCCCUCUGACCCCGUCACCUUCAGUUCGGACAGGUCUGAAGACGUCUCAUCUUAGUUGGGAGUAUUGUAUAGUUUUUUUUUAAAUCCCAUUUUUGUGUAUGAAAGCGUCAGGUUGGUGAUUGUGGAUUGAAAAAGAAGUGAUGCAUUUCAGUGAAUGAUGAACAUAUAAAUAAGAUCCUGCUCUGUCACGAGGUUUCAUCUUUUUCCCUCCAAAGUCGAAUGUUUUCCUGUUAUCUGCUCUGCAAACUGUCUGUCUGGAUAUUGUUUUGUCAAUAAAACAAACAAAAAAAGCAUUUUUUUAAAUUUAUUAAAAAUAGGAUUGUACACACAGAAAGGGGAUUAAAAACAGCAAAUAUUAAAAUAUAAUUCCCUUCCAGGUCAUUUGAGGAUAUUUUACCUGCAGAAUAUGUGACAAGAAGUCUACCUCCUGGUUUACUUGCCAUUUUAUUACUCUGAUAAGGAAAUACCAGUGAAUUUGAUGGGUAAUAAUAAAACAUUGUCUGUUUCCAAGAAACAUUUCCUUAACCAGUAAAGCUCUAGAAAAAAGUGACAAAAGUUCAAGAACACAACAACAUAUUUACAGUAUAUUUGAUCGUAGGCUAUGUUGAAAUAUGAUGAUUCAGAGCUAAAAACCAUUAAUCAAUCCACAGGAAAUGAACCAAGUUUGGCAUUUUUUUUUCCAGGAAAAUUAGGAUUUUUUUCUGUUGUAUGUUGGAAAAAAAAGAGAAACAAA